UGAUUUCAAUAUAAGUUGACGAUAAUUUUAAUUUCAAUUAAAUUAUAAGUAACUUAAUAUUUUAAAAUUUGAAAAUUCUUUUCCUAUUUUUACUAAAUUGUAUAAUUAACAGUACAUUACAAAAUGUCACUCGAGAUGAUGUUUUUAUCGCCGCUGACGGGAACUACACGAUUGGUUGAGGGAGAGAGGGCUCACUUUGAGUGCACAUAUGAUUCCUCUUAUGACCCGAACCUUCAAAUUGAAUUCUUAUUCAAUGGAAAACCUUUAAUUUCCGGUUCAAGGUAUCAUAUAUUUUGUGAGUUUGGAUACAUAUCUCUAGACAUCGCAUACGUUUAUCCCGAAGAUUCGGGAAAUUAUUCUGUGAGAGCGUCCGAUAUGUUUGGAGAAGAGAUCACUUCUAUUGAUCUCAAAGUGGAAGGUCAGGAAUCUAUUCAAACCCAAAGCAUGCACUCCCAGGCAUUGCCUCAAUUGCAGGCCUUUGAUGCAGAAUAUAGUAAUACAGUUACAGAAGAGAAACUUCAUUUUGAAAGACCUGUAUUCACGUCUCACAUACAGAAUAUAGAUAAUCUGUUAGAGGGAGAUAGCGCUCACUUCGAGUGCCAAUUGAUUCCCGUUGGAGACCCCACUCUCAUAAUCGCUUGGUUUCAUAAUAAAACUCCUUUAAAAACGGGUUCAAGAUUUAUAACAACCACUGAUUUUGGUUAUAUAUCACUUGAUAUACUGGUCGUCCAACCCGAGGAUUCCGGAGUAUAUUUGAUUCGAGCAACAAAUUCGUUGGGAGAAGCAGUUACUACAGCCUCAAUGGCAGUGAAGGCCAAACCCGCCGUUCAAUUCCAAACUCAGUAUCCGGAAGGACUGCAACAAAUCCAAGCCCUCGAGAGAUUUAAAUACACGAAACCUGACGAAGAACGGGAACAUUGGUUUGAAGGACCUGUAUUCACGACAGCACUGGUAGGACCUAAUGAUCUCAUGGAAGGAGAAGCCGCACACUUUGAGUGUCAGGCAGAACCUGUAGGCGAUCCUGACUUGGAGUUCAUUUGGUAUCUGAAUGGAAAGGAACUGUUGAUGGGAUCAAGAAUUAGGACAUCACAUGACUUCGGCUAUAUUUGUCUGGAUAUCGCUGAUACAGUUCCCAGAGAUUCCGGCAUUUAUACUGUUAAAGCAAUUAACAAGUCUGGAGAGGCUAUAACUUCUUCAACAUUGAGAAUCAAAGGUCAGACUGUAAUCGACAUCCAGUGCCGACAUCCAGAAGCUUUCAUGCAAACUCAAGUUCUUGAAAGUAAUGUCCAAAAAGUUGAUCGAAGGGUAGAUGAGAGUUACGAGAGACCAGUGUUUACUCAAAAGUUGUUGAGUGAAGUCAACUUAAAAGAAGACAAUUAUAUGACUAUUGAGGCACAGGUUGAGCCCUCGGAUGACGAAAGACUGACCGUUGAGUGGUAUAAAAAUGGUCGGCCCCUUGUUUUAGGGUCCAGAAUAAACACACGAUUCGAUUUUGGAUUGAUAUCAUUGGAGAUCAUGGAUCUGAUCAUAGAAGACUCGGGAUUUUAUACAUGCAGGUGAUCUGACAUUAGAUUUGAAAUUCAUGUCUUUAUAUAAGUGUUGAGAGUCAAUGUACGCCA